GUAGAAGUCAGUUAAUUGAGAACUAGUGUAAAGUACUUAAAUAAAAAUGAAACUCUCAAUCGCAAUUUGCCUAAUCUUCGUAUUCGUCGCCGUUUCUGCGAGACCCGACGACAAGUACACUACGAAAUAUGAUAACGUGAAUUUGGAUGAUAUUAUUAAAAGUGAUAGACUGCUGAGGAACUACAUCGAUUGCCUUUUAGGGACUAAGAAAUGUACUGCUGAUGGAGAAGAAUUAAAAAAGGUAUUGCCUGAUGCUUUAAAAACCGAAUGCGCAAAAUGCAGUGACGCUCAAAAGAAUGGUGCUAAAAAAAUAAUUACUCAUUUAAUCAAAAAUAAGCGACAAUGGUGGGAUGAACUUGAAGCCCGCUUUGACGCCGACCACAGCUACGCAAAAUCUCAUGAAAAAGAACUGAAAGAACUUGGAAUCGAAUUGUAAUUAUUUAUGAUCCUGUUUAAUUGAGUAUUAUGUUGUUGAUUGUUUGAUUAAUUGUUAAAUUGUAGAUUUUUGAUUAUCUUAAAUAAAAAGCAAUGUAUUAAAUU